GCGAGCGAGCGAGCCAGCAGCGACCCGGGGAGGGGGGCUAGGAAGAGAAGGAAGGGAGCGCUCGGGCGCGAGAGAAACCACCGCCACCACCACGAACGCCGGGCUGCAGCUCGAGCCCCGGAACGGCUGAGGAGCCCGCCCGCUCCCCUCCCCCGCCCCUCCCGGGGCCCGGGCCCAGCGCGCCAUCCUCCCCCUCCCUCCUUCCCUCCCUCCCUCCUUCCUCCCUUCCCUCUCCCUGCCCCCUCCCCCGCCGGUGGAUGGGAGUGAAGGACGGAAGAGGCCCUGCGGAGGCGGCGGUGCAGCGCUCCGGUGGAAUGAACCUUACUUGUUGAAUAUCUCCUGAUCACUGGCUGGAUUCACUUGUAAAGGAAUCAUUUUCCCCUGUGUGGAGGCCACUUGGUGGCAGAUUUGAUUUCCCAAAGGAGGGACAUACCACUAUAUCAGAUAAACUUGACAUUGCAGCCAAGAUGGUGCUGUCCCAGAGACAACGAGAUGAACUAAAUCGAGCUAUAGCAGAUUAUCUUCGAUCAAAUGGCUAUGAAGAGGCAUAUUCCGUUUUUAAAAAGGAAGCUGAACUAGAUAUGAAUGAGGAAUUAGAUAAGAAGUAUGCUGGUCUUUUGGAAAAAAAAUGGACAUCUGUUAUUAGAUUACAAAAGAAGGUUAUGGAAUUAGAAUCAAAGCUAAAUGAAGCAAAAGAAGAAUUUACAUCAGGUGGACCUCUUGGUCAGAAACGAGACCCAAAGGAAUGGAUUCCCCGUCCACCAGAAAAAUAUGCCUUGAGUGGUCACAGGAGUCCAGUCACUCGAGUCAUUUUCCAUCCUGUGUUCAGUGUUAUGGUCUCUGCGUCAGAGGAUGCUACAAUUAAGGUGUGGGAUUAUGAGACUGGAGAUUUUGAACGAACUCUUAAGGGGCACACAGACUCUGUACAGGACAUUUCUUUUGACCACAGUGGCAAGCUCCUGGCCUCCUGUUCUGCAGAUAUGACCAUUAAACUAUGGGAUUUUCAGGGCUUUGAAUGCAUCAGAACCAUGCAUGGCCACGACCACAAUGUCUCUUCAGUAGCCAUCAUGCCCAAUGGAGACCACAUAGUGUCUGCUUCAAGAGAUAAAACUAUAAAAAUGUGGGAAGUACAAACUGGCUACUGCGUGAAGACAUUCACAGGACACAGAGAAUGGGUACGUAUGGUGCGGCCAAAUCAGGAUGGCACCCUGAUAGCCAGCUGUUCCAAUGACCAGACUGUGCGUGUGUGGGUCGUGGCAACAAAGGAGUGCAAGGCUGAGCUCCGAGAACACGAGCACGUGGUAGAAUGCAUUUCCUGGGCUCCAGAAAGCUCAUACUCUUCCAUCUCUGAAGCAACAGGAUCUGAGACUAAAAAAAGUGGCAAGCCUGGGCCUUUCUUGCUGUCUGGAUCCAGAGACAAGACUAUUAAGAUGUGGGACAUCAGUACUGGCAUGUGCCUUAUGACUCUUGUGGGCCAUGAUAACUGGGUACGUGGAGUUCUGUUCCAUUCUGGGGGGAAGUUUAUUUUGAGUUGCGCUGAUGACAAGACCCUACGUGUGUGGGAUUACAAGAACAAGCGAUGCAUGAAGACCCUCAAUGCGCAUGAACACUUUGUUACCUCCUUGGAUUUCCACAAGACGGCACCCUAUGUGGUUACUGGUAGUGUAGAUCAAACAGUCAAGGUGUGGGAGUGCCGUUGAUUGAGCCUCAUGGCCCCUCCUCCCUUGUUCCUCUGGAUGCACUCUGAUGAUACCAUGGUUACCCCAUUGAGCUCUGUUUAAAUAAAUAUUGUCCUUUCAUGUAAAUUAUUCUGGAUGUAGAUUGAGCUUAUUAAAUGUUACACACAAAGUAUUCAUGCAUGGUGAAUCCAAAUUGUAUACUGUAAAUUUACAUAUGUUGUCUAGACGUACCAUAGGGUUUGAAAACCUGGGCUGGCAUUGGUCACACCAGGCCUAAGAAGGCGGAAGUUGAAUAAAUUGAACUAGGGCACUAAACUGAAUAGUUGACAGUGUCGUUUUAUGUUGAUUAGUAAUUCCUGUUUUUCUUUCUGCUAUCUGUUGGUGCCUGACUUGAUGGCCUCAUUUGGGGAAAAGUGGUGGUUAUUAGGACUUUUUGCUGAAAUGUGUAUCUAUGUAACAUCACUUAAGUGUGCUUAAUAAAUCUUUAAGGAUGUUAGAUAAUAAGGCUACAAUUCAAAAUCUUCUGAACCAUCUGUGUAAUUAAUUGAGGAUUACAUAUUGGAAUUGUUGUCAUGACACAUUUGCCAAAUCAGUAGGAUACAUUUGUUUUGGCAGCCUAUCAAGCAAAGGCUAGUGGUAUAUUUAUGUAAGAAAAUGAUUGUAAACCUCAAGAAAAAUCUCAGCAGCUAAUGGCAAAACUUUUAUUUCGUUUUGGUCUUACUGCUUUGUAAACAGGUUUAAAACACUGUCAUACUCUAAGCUAUUUUCCACACUAGACAUACUUCUAGUUGUAAUUUCCAUGCUAUUAGACUGUAUAGUGAUGUGAUUUCCAAGUAGAAUUUAAUCUUCCCAUUGAGUGUCAUGGUACAAAUCACUAUUUGUUUUUGAUGUUUUUAGGGGUGUGCAAUGUGCAUUACAUGAUGGCAGAAAUAUGGAAGAGGUUAUGUUUGUCCCUUUUAGAGGUGGGAGACAGCAGUUUGCUUUUCAACAGGAAUCUGCUGUUGACUUGAACUGUUUUUCAUUGACAAGUUAGAAGUGUGACAGGGUUCGAUGGAGCGUGCAUAAAAACGUACUGUUUUUCACCUUUUGUUUAUAUAGAAAUGUUUAUUAAGUAUAUGGGCAUAUCUGUAAGAGGGUAAGUCUGUAUAUGUUCAUCACACAUGUUCACACCUCCUUGUCCUAGGCUCCUGGGUUUGUGGAGAAGUGCUACAGUGUACUAGCAGAGUAAAUCUGGCCGUGGGAGGCCAUGCUUUAGGACAAACCCCCGUUGACCUUCAUGCUUCCAAAAAGUAGGUCGGGCUCUCUGGGGGUCUCUCCCAGCUAGAGGAAAGUCACUUCCGUUAUCUCUCCCCUUCCCCCCACCCUGCCAAGGUGGCCAUUCAGCAUUUUUCCACAUCCCUGAUAUAUUGUAUAUUUUAAUCCAAAGUUAAUACAAGUAGUUUAUGAAACUUAUCCAAGACUUUUGGAAUGCUAUCCCAUUGUCAGAUAUUAAUAAAGAAUUCCACUGCUUAGUUAAUAACAAGCAAGGUUUUUGUUUUUUAAGAGAGUCAUUUGCAUUGUUAACGAUGAAAUAAUGAGUUUAACAAAGAAAUUUAUUCUGAAUUGCAUUUUAUUCAUUUGUGUAAUAGUGUUUUUUAAAACGUCCCUUUUAGUUAUUUAACGGCAAUUUGGUUCCUGUAAAAGACAAAAAGGUGAGAGUUAAUGUCCUGUAGAUAUACAUGAAUAGGCCGUGUUAUUUAGAAGCAGCUCUCUGUCUAGCUUGUGUCUUUUUGUUUGUUUGCUUAUUCUUAAUAAUCCCUGAGAAAUGUUUCUGGAAAGGAAAGUGUUUUUGAAAACUAAUGGCUAUUUUCGUGGACAAAAAUUCCAUCUUCCGCUAAUCCCGUAAAUGCAGUAGAUAACUUUUGGGACACUAUUGCCUCAAAACCCUGCUUACAUUGAGAACCCACUCCCCACCACUUGCUGUUCUGACUGGACUUUUCUAUAAAAGCUAUGGAAAUUCUCUUUGUUCUCAUUUGCUGCUAUUUCUUGUCCUGUUUGGAGAAAUAUAAAUGCAUAGAAAAUGGUGCAUCUUAACCUUUGUUUUUACAUGUAUGAAUGUCUUGUAUUUUAGUUCAUUUUUAGCGUGUAGCAACAUGAAUUGUUUGAGGGUAAGCCACGACAUCUAGAAAUCACUCAGAUAUGAACACCACGAACGGUAAAGCAAAGAGGAUGCUGGUAUAAAGGACCCAGCCGCUGUUGCUGGCUGGCUGAUGAUGCCGCACACGCCACUGACUGACAGAGAAGGAGGAACGGCUGAUCCAAGAGCCAAGUCGUGCUGCCUCGGGAGAGUGCUGCGGCCCGCUGCCACGGCCACCAGACAUCCUGCAUGUGAGAAGCAGUGAACGUUGAAUCUCAGGGAUGGUCCACACCUGGAUCCAAAUGGAACGACCCUGUGUGAAUAGUGAAGGGGGUGGGGAGAGCGGUCCAUCCACUACCCGGGAUCCCACUUGCCAAGGUUCCCUGCAGUCGUCUGACACUGCCCUGUCAAUGCCCUUUCUUACUCUGUGUUCUCUGUUUUCUCUGUCUGCUGUCUAACCCUGUGCCUUGCCUGGGAUAAGGACAAUGGUGUGACUGGUUUGGAUUGUAAGUAGAGGACUUUGAUUAUUGGUUUAGAGGUUCGCUGCUGCUUUGUCACUUUUUCAAUCAAAUUGGCCAUUUACCUAAGAAAUAAAAAGCUGGUAGAAUUGCCUUCUCAGAUGAUUGCUGACUUUUUUGUGUGUGAAAACAGACAUUCCAGUGCACCCUGAUACAGCGUGCCCAAGAAAGCAGGCCACGAGAGCUGUGGUUAGUAAACCAUGUGGAGAGUAGGUGCUCCCUGACCUGGCGUCUGGCACUGUGGAGGCUGAGACGUCCCAUUCUGUCUGCAUGGUGUGACCAAUGGCGUGCCCGGAGCACUGCUCAGACCACUAGCGUGCGGCGCUCGUUGCAGUGUGUGCAAGCUUUGGCUCUAGUCCCCAAACCCAGUCUCGUGUCCGCCCUGCUCUCCUGCUGGCCUCUUUUCUGUUUCUGUGUGAACUUCCAGGCGAUAUCACUUGUCAAAUAGUUUUUCUUCUUUAACUUAAAAAAAAUAUCUAAAAA